AUGGCAUCAGGUCCUGUUGGUGGUGGAUUUGCUCGAAGUCGGUCACUUUUACGAUUUAUUUCGGUUGAUCCAGAAAUUUAUCCCUUAAUCGGAGUGCUUACUGCAAUUACUGGUAUUGCUGGUUAUACGGCUGGCCAUAAAGCCACUACUAAUGAUGAAAAUAAUGUUUUGAAACCUGCCAAUGCAUAUCCUUGGCAACAUCAACAUGGUAGUGCGAACUACAAGUAUCGGUAUCAUCAGCAUGGUGAUCCUUCUGAACCGGUAUUUGAAGCUCCCAACGCUAUUAUAGAACAUAGAAUAAAAGUAACGGCUCCUAAGGAAGUAUUUGAAAAAAUUCCAA